GAUGAAAAUAACUGUAAAUAUUUAGUACAAGACACAAACAUAAAAAAGUUUGGAGGCGCCGUUGAAAAGGAUAAAAUCUCCGCACAACUAGGUUGAAUUACUACUACAAGUAGUUAUUAUUGGUGACGUUCUUUGAUGUCCAGAAAAUACAAAGAGCUACACAAAACAGGAAACUUCAAAAUAACAAUCCACUGAACUGGUAGAUGUUAGAGAUGAGUGAUUGUACACUAUACUCAAUUUAACAUGAAAUUAUAAUGAACUGAUCUCUGGAUAUGUUAAGAUAAUGUGAUAAUAGGAAGAAACGAAUCUUCAAAAGAAGUGAACAUGCCACCAUUUAAACAAGUAUUAGGAUUACAAGAAACUGCACUAAAUCAUGUGUCACUCAUUCUUCGGAAACUCUGCUGUGAUUGCACGAUUUUUAAAAAGGAUAUCAAAUUUGUGGUAGAUUAUUUUGAUAUCCUUUUACCCCCUCAAAUUCAGUCUGCGAUAUGUGAAAGGUUUUUACAAGACUCUCAUAGGAUCAUAUACAAGGAGAUGUUGAAUGAGAAGUAUUUAUACCUGUGUACAGAACUUCAUGCAGAAUACCUUUGGAUAAUUGAUUGUCAGAAAUUAAUGCCAUCUGUUUUAGGAGAACUAGAUGGGAAGCAGUUGAAAUCCCUGAAGAUGAAUUAUGCUCCUGGGCAAUACGAUGGAGGUGAAGAAUAUGCUGAACUUGAAUCUUCCAGAGAAGGGCCAAUUCAUCUGUAUAGAUUUCUGUCAACCCUAGUGAACCUAAGAAGCUUGAAAUGUUCACAGCUUUGUAAUAACUCUAUGCUGAAAAUUCUAUCCAAACAUUGCCCCAGUUUGGAGGAAAUCAGCAUUGAUAUGUGCUCAGGAGUAGAUGAUGAUGGUUUGUUUUAUCUUUGUGGGUUUGUUCCAUCUGAAGACUGUUUUGGGGAUAUCAGAAGUGGUGCUGUAGUACCUUCCAAGUCAGGAUGUAGGAAACUGAAGAAAGUUCACUUGGAGUAUACAUGUGCUGGGACUCAUGGCACUGCUGUACUCUUGUAUUUAUGUCCAGACUUGGAAGAACUUUUGGUAACUCCAGAUGUCAAUUUUGGUGAUGUUUUUUAUUUACUCCAUGGAACUAAUCCAGAAAGGCAUGAAGAUGUGAAAGUAAAGUAUCAGUUGAAAGUACUGAAAAGUUACAUGGAACUUGAUGAAGAUGUAUUGUCUCUUAUAGCAAAAACUUGUCCACAUCUAAAGGCUAUUACUUUGAGGUGCAAUGGAGUUGAAAGAAAAGACAGAAAUAUACUUGCUAAUUUAUUAGGACUACCUAUUGAAACUCUGGAUGUUAUGAAUUGUAGUAUGCCAGCAUUACUCUGGUAUCUAGAAAUUUGUGGCAAGAAUAUUGAAUCGCUAACCAUUGAACAUCUCUCCAUGGCUCCAAUGAGUUUGAUAUUCACAAGAACUCAUUUGCAGAAUAUAAUAAGAACUUGUCCUAAUUUAAGGAAAUUUACCUUGAAACUUAAUAAUAACCCAAUUCAGCCAGACUUGCCUUACUCCUCUUUUGGCUCAGAUUUACUCUAUUUCACUAAUUUAACUCACUUGAAUCUGGAGGGGUUAUCUAUAUCUGUAGAGGAUUUGUCAAUUUUCCUUACAAAAUGCAGUGGUUUAAUGGAACUGCACAUCCUGAUUUUAAAUCUUGAAAUUUUAGAAGAUAAUGUCUUGUAUGAUUUUUUGACAUCUGGCUGUUUGAAGAAUCUUAGGUACCUCUUCCUUUAUCGACCACUCUUAACCAUAAGUGGUUUGAAGAGGCUGAUUAAAUAUUGUCCAAAGUUGCACUCAGUAGGACCACUGUCAUCUUGGUCAAUUUCUGAAAAAGAAAGAGAAAAUUUUAUUAAGGAAAUCAGAAUAAACAACUGGGAUCUGAAUGUGUCAAGUACUGAAAUGUUAAGUAUGUUCCAUAUUUGAAGCCAGACUUUUAUUACUGAAGAAAAUUUUUGCUAACAUUGUACAGUGAUGUAUUUAGUUUUUUAAAUAAAACUUUUAUGAGCCUU